GCGUCCUCGUCGAAUCCUCGAGGCCAACGUCCUUUCGACAAUCUCUUUCAUCCUUGCUUCCUUACUUUCUUCUAUUACUCCUUCGCUUUCGUCGCUUUAGCCAUGCGCGGUGAAUUUUGUGUCGGUUCCGCCUCUUUCUUAUCCUUUACAGCUAUGCUGCUGCUGAUCUUCGUACACGUUGGAUCUAUCAAUACUUCCACUGUCCCCCGAGGCAUUACCAUGGCGAAAGUCAACACUUCGGCAUAUGGACAGGCUCUCGGCCAAUCGUUCAUUGUCCCCAUUCAAGGACUAUAUACCAACGACUCCACAGCUCCACUCGGAGAACGAGCUGGCCUUCGACAGUUAUACGAAUUCGGAUUGUACUCUCACUGCGCAUAUGUCAACACUACUUCUGGCAUUUGCACAAACCAUACAGUAGCGACGAAAUACGAACCUUACGUUGCCAUCACGUCUGACAUGUUCCUCAACUACUCACAAUACUCCGACGCAAUCUUUGCGGAUACAUCAUUCAUGGAUUCAUCAUACCUAGGCUCUAACUCAAAAGCUGCUUACUAUUUCCUCCUCCUGGGCACAAUAUUUGCUGCGCUAGCUUUAUUCACAGGAGUGGUCAAACAUACCCUUGCAUUCUUUGCUUCAACAGGACUGUCUAUCGUCUCUGCUUUGUUUAUCCUUAUAGGAGCUGCAAUAUGGACAUCAAUCGUCAAAAAAUCGGAGGGUAUUAACUCACUUGUGCUCGCCCAGGGCAUUCCAGCAGGUGUUACUGUGUCCGUGGGGACGGGAUUGUAUCUCAGCUGGGCAGCUUUUGCAUGCCUCGCGGUAUCCGUUAUACCGUACAUGAUCAGUUGCUGCACAUUCCGCGGAUGACCUCAUGUUAUGAAGCUGGCAGUAUGACACUGGUUGUCGCGAUUCCCGCAUAUGAUUUAGAACGGACUUAAUACGAACUGGAAACGGAGAUAGACUAUUUACCCGGAGCGACACCUCACCCCCACCCUAACUUCUGUUUCGUCUUGUAUAUCUUUGCAAGGACUUAUUUAUCCUUAUCUACUGACACCUCGUCAAUCGGGGCGCAGUGCUACCUAUUUACACUUACUUACUAUGAAACGAAUGAAUGCAUGUCUAUACACGUAUAUGUAGCAUGAUGAGUCUAGUCU